GUACCUAUGUACCCUCCAGGCUAAAGCUAGCUCGGGCCCACCCGGCUCUGCGGCGGCGGCGGCGGGCAGCGACCCGCACUGCCUAGCCGUGGAGCUGUCUGUCAAGUGCUACUGUGAAUUGCCCAUUUGACAUGCUGAACUGCAUCCAAGACAGACCUCACACCCCCACGAAGAGGACCACAGCCAAUCUCGAUCACCAAGAGGCGACAACACUCUUAAACAAACAUACUCAUACUUACAUACUCAACAAGCCGAGGCCGUCGACCACUGCCCGACGAGCAUCCCACUCUCGUUCACAGAUGCGACCGCGCGCUGUCCAUUCUAGACUGAAUACGACUGCUCCGCCACGACCAAGACUGCAACUUGAGCCUACAGAGCUGGGCGCGAGUUGACGAUGCCUCCCCAGUUGCUGAGGUACCCAAACGGGCCGACCAAUGUCGCCCCCUACCAGCACCAGUUCGCCGGUCUGAACCCAGGCCACUCCAACAACUACACUCCACAACUGGGCGGCAAUCCCUCCCACCUCAACCCGAACGCCCAGAUCCCUUCCUUCGCCACGAACGGCAAUGUUCUCGGGCUGGGAGGAGGCAUGAACUCGGCCGCCGCGAGCUUUGGCGUAGGGCACGACUCGGGGCUCGGGGGCCAGGCCGCAAGGAUGGGAUUUCAGAACGCAACGCUCCAGCACCCACAGCAUGCCCAACAACACAGUCACUCGAUGAUGGGGGACCAGCCUGCUCGCAAUCCAUUGGCUAAGGGCCGGAUACGAGAGGUUUGGAAACAUAACCUGGAAGACGAAAUGGCUGUGCUGCGCGACCUGGUGCAAGACUAUCCUUACAUCGCUAUGGAUACCGAGUUCCCUGGCGUGGUUGCGCGGCCGAUGGGGGCAUUCCGAGGCAAGAGCGACUACCACUACCAAUGCUUGCGGGUCAACGUAGACCUUCUCAAGGUCAUCCAGAUAGGCAUAUCGCUAUUUAACGAGGACGGAGAGACACCAGCGACACGGCCAAACUCAACAAACUCGACAGAAGUCGGCGGCGCAGGGCGGAAAAAUGCGAACCAGAAUGCGGUCCCACAUGCGUGGCAGUUCAACUUUAACUUCUCGCUGAACGACGACAUGUACAACGAGCAAUCGAUCGACUCUCUCAAGCACGCCGGGAUCGACUUUGGGCUGUUGGAGCGGGACGGGAUUGACCCCAAGAAGUUCGCAGCGCUGCUGAUCCCGUCUGGCUUGACACAUUUCGAGGAGGUCAAGUGGAUAUCGUUCCACGGAGGCUACGACUUCGGCUACCUCACAAAGCUCCUGAUGUGCGAGCAGAUGCCGAACGACGAGCUCGAGUUCACAAAACGCCUGAAGAUAUACUUCCCGAGCGUCUACGACGUCAAGCACCUUAUGAAACACGCCAUCAAGCAACACAACUCGGGCCUCCUGACGCCAAGCGACCCGAGCACGACAGAACUGCUGCAGAAGUUCGAACAAAAGUCCGGCCUCGAGAGCAUAGCGGAAGCCCUGAAGAUUAAGCGCCUCGGGGCGGCUCACCAGGCCGGGUCGGACGGGCUCCUGACCGGGAGGGUCUUCUUCUCUAUGCGGGAGAAGGUGUUCAACGGCGACAUCCCCACGGAGCAGGUGGGCAAGAUCUGGGGGCUGGGCGUCCCGGACAUAGGGCCGCCGGCGCAGCAGCAGUCGGCAGCGGACAACACGCCGCCGCAGCAGGGCCAGGGCAACAACGCCCAGGGGACGCCCAGCACGCCGAACCAGGGCAACGCGGGCCUGGUCAACACGCCGGCCGGACAGGCGCAGAACGCGAACGGCGUCGGCAACAUGGGGCCCAUGACGCCCGGGGGCGGCGGCGGGAUAUUCGGCCAGUUUAACAUCGGCGCCAGGUAGAGAGAUGGCCCGGUGCCGGCCCUGCCCGGGGGGCGGGGGUGGGGGUGGGCGCGACGGCAGGGGCACGGCCGCCGCCACCUGCGUCCUCACGCAUUGGACCCCCGAUCUUGUCCUCGUGUGUACAUCAAGGACCGGGCGAGACAAGGGCGGCGGACUCGGAGGGUAGCAGCGCGGGUAAGGUCAGCGGAGGCCGGACCUGUGGCGGCACACCCUUGUGUCAGUUUGAACCCAGAGGCGCCUGUCUUCGAACCACGCGGGCGGUCGCUGAGCGAGCGGUCGCGGAGUGAUGACGGAUUGUCUUCAACUUCUCCUUCCACAACCAGCGAUACAGUAAUGAGGCGGCCGGUCAUUGCCCCACUAUGUUCUCGUGUCCUCACCCCCUCGCCCUCACUUUCUCUCUCACACUCUCUCUCACCCUCGCAACGAUGGGAGGGGCGUCGGCGUCCAUCUGUUGGCCUCUGCCUGGAACUACCUUGGUUGCUGCGUGCGUCUGUUUAAACUUGUUUGCCUGCCUUCCUUGUCUUCCAUUUAAACGGAGUUGGGGAGGGACGGGAACGGGAGGGGGGGUGAGGCGCCACAUAAAAAGAAGAUCCUCGGGGGGGAAACAACAUAUCUCUCCCUCUCGGGGCUUUGGGCCAAGGGAAUUUGGUCGUUCUUCCUGGUUUGGGGGGAAGGGCAGGGGACCGUCUCCCUGUCUGUCUGUCUGUGUGCCUUGGUGUAUUUUUCUGCGAGGGUCAUCGUUUUAUCUAUUUUACAUUGUCUUCUUCUUUGUCUCUGCCAAAGGGGUAUGGGGGGUGGAUACCUGGUAAAGCACAGCGGAAUAUAUGCAUUCUCAUGAG